AAUGGCCCAAGCAAUGAUGAAAAAGAUUGCCGGCAGUGCCUGUGUGGUGAUCGGCAUCACCCGCAGGACUAGCUCCCGCAGCCUAGUUACUGCCAACAAGACUCUGGCUGCUAAGAAAGAAAGGGAGCUCCCCGCUGAGAGGGAGGUCACAAAGUCUGUAUUUAUGUCCCAGUCCACUGACAUCUACACUAACUUGGCUUUAGAAGACUGGAUGUACCGUAACAUGGACUUCUCCAAGCACCAUGUGAUGAUGGUAUGGAGGAAUGAGCCCUGUGUUGUGGUCGGUAGGCACCAGAAUCCUUGGCUGGAAGCAAAUGUACCCCUGCUGGCUGAGAAAGACAUAGCCCUGGCUCGCCGCAACAGUGGUGGCGGUACUGUCUACCAUGACCGUGGCAACCUCAAUGUCACAUUCUUCACUCCCCGUGAGAGAUAUGACAGAAAGUACAACUUGGAGCUCAUCAAGAGAGCUCUCUUCAGAGGCUUUGGAGUCAAUGCUGUCAUCAAUGAGCGCCAAGACAUCAUCGUCAGAGAUAAAUACAAAGUUUCUGGAACUGCUGCCAAGCUCGGCCGCCUCUCAGCGUACCACCACUGCACUCUCCUAGUGGACGCCAACAAGUCUGAUCUCAGCAAAGCUCUGGCCAAGCGGGAGCAUGGCAUACAGACGAACGCGACCGCGUCCGUGCCUUCGCCCGUGGCCAACCUGUCGGAGGUGAACAACCGCGUGACGGUGGACGCGCUGCAGACGGCGCUGGGCUACGAGUACAUGCGGACCCCGGCGCUGAGCCUCGGCGAUGGCGGGCAGAACCUGAUCUCGCAGCAGCGGGGCUUUCAGUUCGUCAAUCCUUCGGAAGACUGGUUCCCAGGUCUCUCGGAAAUCAGGAACGAGCUCCAGAGCUGGGACUGGUGCUUCGGACGAACUCCCACCUUCACCGUGAGCCGCACCUUCCCAGUACCUGAAGAACUGUUAGCACCAUCCAAAGUAUACUCUGCGACGCAGGAGCUCUCCAUCAACAUGAAAGUAGAGAAAGGUCUUAUUAGUGACGUGACCUUAAACAUCGCGCCAGGCCUCAUAGAAUCCGGGUUCCAUGGCGAAGCCUCUGUGAUUACUCAUCUUAUUGGGAAACGUUUCACGAGCGAAGCCCUCACGGCGCUCCAAGACGCGAUGCUCACUCGCAGGGACUCGGGCAGCAAACUUGACGACCGAGAACAGUUCGUGGCCAAGUGCUUUGAUCAGGUCGUCAAUACCGUCUAAUGUAUUAACGCGAUCGUAGCGGUUUACUGGACAUUUUCACGAGGAAAAUUACAUUUUGGUUACAAAGUGGAAAAAUAAGUUUCUUCCACUUUGUAAUUCAAGUGCCCUAAGUGCAUCUUCUCGUGAUAAUGCUCUAACAAGUAAUCUUUUACGAUUUUGUAUUGUAUAGACAGUGUGUAUCAUUGUAAGUAUAAUUGUAAAUGUACUAAUAAUGUAGAUAAUGUAACUUGGUCUCGUUGUUUAACUUUAUGUAGAGUUAAAAUGUGCCUUAAAUUUUCGUAUCAAUCAAUCUCUUUGUUAUUUUUUGUCUGCAUAUUCUUCUAACAUCUAUUUCUCUUUUGCCUUUGUCCUGAAUUUUAUGUUCUACUACUUUCUUUUCUGCUUGUUCGAUACGUGUUGUUAUAGUUUAGUCUAAUGUUUAAAGCGAGACGCACUUCGCGCCGCAACAAGAAUGCAUCAUAUCAUUUGUUAUUUAAUUAUUAUUUCGUAGCUCAAUUAAUCCAAGUAUUCCUACUUAUUGAUACAUUUAACGUUACUUAGCAUAUGUUUUAUUAAUGUGCCCUUCACACUUGCGCGCACACACACAUAACGCUAGUGUGGAGAGCUUAUAACAUUGUUUUCGUUAUUUUAACGUAUGUUAACACAUGUCUUACCUACAGUCUGAAUACCAUUUCAUAACCCUUAUUACUUUGCCGUAAGAUCUGCCCUAAACAGGGACUUUUUUGUAUGGAAUGGAAGUAAUAUUAGUUAUUUUUAUUUAGUUUUAAAUGCUCUGUAUCUCAGGAUUAUAGUAAAAUAUAUUUACAUGACAUUA